UUAGCUUUUUAAUUGCUAAUGAUAAUUAUCGCCGUCAUUACUGUUAUCAUAUUCGGGGCGUCAGGUUAUUACAGGCACAGGCACUGCUGUUCAUUCAUAAAUCCUGCUGGAGAUCCUACUAAUCCCUGAAUUUCUGACAUUUAAUGUCGUAUUAAUGCUGCUGUUUCCCCCCUGUGCCAAUCUGGGACAGGCUCACAUGGAGGAGCUGUGAAUCAGGGGUCAAGGGGCAUGAGGGAGCCUAGCUAUCACCAAGGAUCAGGUGCUGCUCAAACGCCCUGCAUGGCUUUCAUGUGUGUCAGCUCCUGUCACUGGUGCACAAGUUUUCUGGUUCGUAUUUACAAUUUUUUACAAUAUAACCAACCCACCACUGAGCCCAGUUUUGAGGUUGUCAAAAACAAAUCUGUUUUUCUUCACUUAGUUUCUGCAGUGAGGUUAUUUCUUUUUUCUCCAUUUUGUCAUUGUAAUGUUAUUAUUUAUUUUCUCCAAUUUCAGGUUCUCUCAAAUUGUCAUAUAGACCAAGAAAGCUUCCCUAAUUCCCUCACAUGCGUGUGUGUCAUAAAGAUUAAGGGACAACGCGACGAUGCUCGAAUGAACCUCGCCAUCGCCCUCACUGCUGCCAGGUAUGGGGCUGCCAUAGCCAAUUACACUGAAGUGCUGCACCUACUGAAGAGGGCAGACCCACAGACGAAGAGUGGAGAGGGUCCGCGGAGUCUGCACGGCAGGGAUGUGAUCGCAGGGCAGGAAUUUGAUGUCAGAGCCAAAUGUGUUAUCAAUGCCACGGGACCUUUUGCGAACGCGCCGCAGAAAAUGGAUGAUCAGAAGAAGUCCGACAUCUGUCAGCCCGGUGCCGGGGUUCACAUCGUCAUCCUGGGCUAUUACAGGACCAGAUCUGCACCCCGGCUUGAGGUUUGGGGAGCAGCGGCUGGAAUUGAAACCAGCUGAAUUAAUCUCCUGGAAACAGCGCUGACAGGAGGCUGAUUAUGGGGAGUCCCUUCAAACCGGCUGGCCUGCGUCUGCCCUGCCCUCACCAGCAGACCAAAGGUUAAUACAGUCUUAGUAAUUCCUCGUGAAGUCCAACGUUGCGGAAGACUGUCCCGAGCAGCCCGUGGACGUGAAGUGCCAUGAGAUGAGCUCAGUCGGACGGAUUUCAGCUCUAAUCCGUUUGAUGUAAGUGAAUUUAAGUUCUAAUUCGUGGGCCUCUCCACUGUACAACAAGCUGGAAUCUGCAACAUCCGGCCCAUGAAUUCAAGAGGAGAGCGAGAGAGGGAGAGAGAGAGAGAGGGUGAGGAUGGAAGAAUGUGGUGUUUAACUGGAAGGCGGCGGGUUUUAUCAGUCACUGGCACCAUUUAGCUGACAAAAACGAGCAGGCCAGCUCUGGGAAUAGGGCCUAGGCACCGGGUGCUCACCAAAUCCUCCCAAGAAGAAUAUCAGCGCUCCUCACAUGCUGCUGCCUGACAUCCACUGCUGUAGCUGAGAACUAUCUCCAUUGUCCAGUUUGAUAGCCGGAAUCAAACUGAUUUACUGCAAAUCCAUCUGAGCUUUGAUAAAUCUAUUACACUUUCAUUUGGCUGAUUUCAUUAACGGGAAUAAAACCAGCCAUGCUUCCUGCAUAACUGCCUUUUAAUGGCUUGGCCCUGUCACCUGCCUCAGCAUUAAUCCCUCUGACUUAUUGCAGCGCAGAGGGAAUGAGUAAUGGCUAUUUGAAUGUGAUCAGCACAGUACAAUGCAAUUAAGGAAGCAGUACUGUUCGCUGCCUUUAAUCCUGAACUAAUUUGAAUUGCAGUUUGAUAGCACUGUGAAUCCUGCAUAAUUAUGUAGGGUGCAUAUUAAACUCUGUGACAAACUGGAGAGGCCUUUAACUAGCCCUGCCAUGAGGAGAGCGGCCAGGAGAACGCCAGCGCGGUGGCCAGCCGCCGCGCGCCGGAGCUCUCAAUUACCGCCGUGGUGGGUGACAGGUGAGACCGCUGGGGGAGAAGAUGGGUGACACUGACGUCUUCCUUUUGUUCGCUCGCUCUCUGCCUCACGCAGCCAUACACAAACCGAAUCUCACCCCCACCCCCCCGGAGUUCAGAGUGGGAGUUUUAGAGAUCAAGGGAACUCCAAUUCAAGUCUACGUUAUUGUUUAAGUAAAAAAAAAGUGUGGUGUUUAUGUAUUUUCAGACUCUAAAAUAUGUGAAAAAUGUUGAUUAAAUAUAGUAGUUAUGUCCUCUCAUGCACACAUAAAUAAAAGUCAUAAUGAUGAUUUAUUUGUUUUGAUAAUAUUUUUUAUACAUAUAUGAAUUCUAGAAAAUGAAAUAGGACGUCUAACAAGGCUGAACCUGCAAGGAAUUGCUAAUCAAAAUAUGUAUGAAAAAUUAUUUUUUUAAAAAUUAGAUAAAAAAAGGUGUGUCGGAACAACAAUGCCAUUUUACUGAGAAAUGCUGGCUCUUUAUAUUGACAUAAAGAUUAUCUAAUAUACAUUUUUUUUUAUCAGUAUUGAAUUACUGAUAUAGAACAGUAAUUCAAUGUGUUACUUGGUUUCACUUAAACAACCUGUGACCUAAACAGUGACUCUCGUGGCUUUCUCCGAAUAUUACAAUUAUUUUCUCAGUUUGAUUUUAAAGUGAUUGUUUGCUUUUGGUCGGUAGAAGAGAAAGAGAAGCGGGGAGACAGGGAAAGGUUUGCACCUGCACCUGAAGAAGAGCUAUGUCAUUCAUGCAGUUUCAUUGUACUUAGACUCGCAUGACAAGUGUGUUUCUGACAAGAUCAACCAGAUCCAGACCUUUUUUUUUUAGAACCCAGCCAUUGUAUAAUUCGCCAAAACGUGAAUAAAUGUACCACUGGACUACUCAAAAGAGGACGGUACAAAGUUCGUUCUUUUAAUUUCAUACUUUGUGUUAGUGUCGAAAUAUGCAAACCACAGUAACAAUAACAGUUUGUCUGCUCACCAAAUGUCACCUGUAUGAAUGAACUGCUGUCGAAACAGUGCUACUUCCAGACACAAACAACAACAAAAUUGUCUCCAAUGCACCAGCUACAAAGCCACUACACUAAAACUGACAUUUAUGUGCUUAAAACUGCACAAAUAAAGUAACCAGAAGUUACAUUUUAAACCACAAUAUUGACCGUUGAAGUGAUGAAUUACGAAAUCUGUGAAAGUCAGUCAAGCAAAAGUUUGUCGAGCUUGUGUUUGCUGCCACCCAAAUGUAACAGUGAGUAUCCCGACUUGUAAAUAUGCGACUGGGUGUAAAGAUAUUCCAUUGUGCUUCACAGCAGAUCGAGGCAGAUAGCGAGACGAGUGGGUGCGAGGAUGGAUGGAGCGAGCAGAGGAUGCUGAGAUGGAGGGGAGAAGUGGAAGGGAGAGCGAGACAGAGAGGGGGCUGCUGGCUAAAUUAAGCCAUUGUGACUCAAAAUCCUCCUUUAAUAAGGUUCAUGCUGUCUACAACUUCAUCAUUUUCUCCUGAAUGAUAAUUACUUUAUUCAAUCAUGUUCAAGGUUUUAGCGAGAGCUAGCAUUGAUUGAUUAACUUCAAUUACCGCGCUCGCAUUUGCAUAGAUAAAAACUGCUUUUCAAUUUGUGAGUGGCACGCGGGUGGAAACCCUGCCUGGAUAUUUGCAUCUCAAUGUGAACGGUGAAGGAUAAAGGUGGGAGCGCGGGGUCUGAUCACUGCUAAGCCCUUUCUGCUCGGCUGCGCCGGCAUCUAUUUUCCCAUAAACACCCUUUGUUAUGAUGUUGGUGGGCUCCCUCCACGCAGAGAGAGCCAGCGGUGAGCUCUGUUUGCCGGCCGGCUUGACAGCUCUGCCGGGGGAUUAAGGCCACGUCGCGCCGCAACUCAGUGGUGAGCUUAGGUGAGCUCCGGCGGCGGUGGCGCAGACAACUGUUGGGGGGGUGACACAUGAGAUAUCUAAAGGCUGACUGGACUAAUGAAGAUGCACAUGUGUACAGAGCAGGAGGCAGCGGCCGAUAAUUACAAUUAUCACACGCCCGUAUCAAUCAUCAUUAGCUGCUCUGAAAAACAUAUACCCUCCUGCACUCUCAUUCUUAAGAGUUUUGUCUCUUAAACUUUGAAAUAGAUCUUCCUUCUUGGCCAUGAAGUGUUAAUAGAGCGGCCGCCUGUAAUAGCAGACGUGUGAAAAAAAAACCCUGGAUCUCUGAUAAAAAAAAAAGUGGUUUAACAACGUAUGGAAUCUUCUAUUUCCUGCGGCAGGUACUGUACAAGUAUCAAGUGAGCACAGCUGUGGCACUUCGGCGCCAGUAUUGGGAUUACUGUCACCUUUGUCUGCAUAUUUUGUCUUUGAUUAAUGUCACCCAAAUGGUGUGUCGUCAGAUUGAGAGCCCGCCUCAUUAGCAUGAUUUUUUUGUACAUGGUGAAAAUUUGGGGCUAAAUUAGGCAGUGGCAGUGGCGUGGCAGUGAUUUUACUUGAGAAAAAACAGAAAAAAAAAGCGGGGAGUUACACCUGUGAGAUAUGCUAAUCUGUCCCGCAGCCGUAUUUACUUUCAUAGACAUUAGCAUUAGGGAGCUAAUAAUCAGGGCGCUCACUUGAACCCCCCUGUUUGUGGGCUAAAGAGGCGAAAGCGUCACCUUGGAUGUAUUUAGUGGCAGUAAACCAUCCGUCGGUGUCUUUUUAAACACGCCACGGCACCGUCUCCGGCUGCCUCGGAGGGGAAUUCCCAGAUGGUGGGCCGUGAUUAGGCGGCUCACGACGCUGUUCAGCGGCGAGCAUCUGGAAACACAGGUUGAAAUGAACACCCUCAUUUUCUCGAAAUGAGUGUCAUUCAAUUAAUCUCAUUAUUAGCCAUGCAAAAGCCGAGCGGCUAAUAGAUUCUUCAUUCACUGGUCGUGAUCCUCCUGCGCGUGGCGAGCGCUUACGUUUGCUGAACCAGCUGUUUAGCGGGGAGUCACAACCGCCUCCAGCUUCAACUUCUGAGGUGUGAUUUUAGUGUUUUUGUCUUGAACAAACUUUGUCUUGAUUGGAAUUAUUGUUGUUGUCGUGAGAGUCCGAUUCUUCGACGAGUCCCGCUGUUUUUUGUUUCUGUAAUCAGAGACUGAUUUUAAUGCGGAAAGCUGGAGAAGUGAAAUGGAAUGUUUGUCUUCAGCUUGCAAGAAGAAAGUGCUUUUGAUACUUUUGUUUUACACGACAAAACUUGACUCCACUUGGUGUAGUCAGAGCAUUUUUACUAUGCAGUUAAUCUACUCUAGUUCGGCUCAGUAAACAUUUUGUUGUUUAAUAUACAAGUAACAUCCGACUUACGACCGGGAUCUGUUCCGACCAACCAGUCGUAAGUCAGAUUGGAAGUAAGUGGAAUGCCAUUCAAAAUGGCCGACGCGAGGGUUAUAGGUGCUACUGUAGUGGUAGAUCUCUGUGUGAGAGUGAGAUGCUGGGAUACUGUGCUGCCGUAACUGUCGUACGUGAUGCCGGGCCGCUACAUGCUGCAGUGCCAGACAUUAAAUAAAAAAAAAAAAAUCAUCAUCUGCUGGCCGUGGUCAAAAGUACGGGUGGCCGUAAGUGGAGCAGGUCGUGAGUCAGAUGUUACUUGUAUACAAAAGGAGCCCAGCUGAAAUUUGCAAAUGGCCGAUGAUCAAACGCUAUAACUGGAGGACGGAACUGGACAGGCUUGACAUUAUGAGCCUAAAGUCUGAGCGUACCAGUUGUUUCAGAUGGCACACAUCAUCGUGCAGUUUUUAAAUGUAAAUUCAUAUCUGAAACGGUUUCGGCGUUUCGUUCCAAACCGACCCCCAAAAGUGAAAAUCUGCCGUUCGGAAUGCAUCAUAAACCUGUAGCAUAUUCUGAAAACUUUCCGAGUAAACAUUUUGUGAGUAUAAAGCUCUUAUAAUCUUAUUUUAAAAUUAUGCGCAUCAACACGAGGCAGGUGUAAAUAAUCUUACACAUAUUUUAACCAAGAAAAACAACAGUAAGUAGUUUAAGCAAGUGCUUCUCCUACAGUAGUUACUUUACUCCUUGUACUAUGCUUUUAUUUAUUUAUUUCUAUUUAAUUUUAGGCUGGAAAAUGCUGAUAUAUGUGUUACUAAAUUCAAGAAAUUGAGGAACCAUUUGAAUGUCACGUUUGUGAUUCACCAUAGUCACACUACAGAUAUGUUGAAGAAGCAUGUUCCACCCCGUCUUUGUGAAACAAAAUCAUUCCUUUCAGUGUGAGUAAGACGAUGAAAUGGAUGAGUGAUGCAAAUAAAUAAUUUCUUGGCAGCCCUCAGGAGUGUGAAAUCUGAAAUAGCACCGUCCCAGCUCAAGCUAGCUGGACCUCACCAGGCCUCCUGCGGUUAUUUCUGCUACAUUUGUUCCCAACAAAAAUCCGUUGAUCUUCUCGAUUUUAAAUUCGUUCUUCUCCUGUCACUUUCCACUAUCUGACAUAAUGGCCAUCUCCUUUCACAUUCACAGUGAUUUAAGACUAAAUUGGCCUGCGCUGCGCCUGUCUCCAUGCCACCCUUCUCACCCCCACCCCACCUUGGGUGGCCCCCCCGCGAACCCCCCUUUGUGGGCAGGAAGGAACCUCUUUCCAAGCUGGAGAGUCUCCUGCUGGGACUGCUGCGCCGCUGGCGAGGGAGGGAAGACGGAGAAGGAAGAGAGGUGGGGGGGGGCGGUCAUGGACCUGGAGAGCAUUGUCAACAGCAGACACCUCCCCCGUCCCCUCAUUCUUCUAUAUGCUGCCCUUUAGUACCCUCCCCCAUGUACAGACGCAGUCGUGUGUGCGUGCAAGUGUGUGCACUUGUCAUAUGUCUCCAUUUGAGUGUCACCGCCGGACACAUUUUUCAAAAAGACCGAGGAAGUGAGACGCAGUGAUGUCACUCAAGUUAAUUCUGAAAAACAGCGCUGCAUUGAUCUAGUUGGUGAAAAAUAAUUAUACAUAUUAACAAAAAAAACAUCCAAAUAAAGUCCUCAGCCUUUUUUGUGCCCAGAAUUUCAACAUUACAUGAACAGAUGGACCAGAGUUUUCUCAGCCUCCCUCAAACGUUCAUGUUAAAAACUGGUUCAUUUUCUAAAGAGGUCAAUAUGAUGGCGGAAAACAACUUUUAUUUUCAGCAUUGUUACUGCUUGGUUUGUGGCUAUGGCUCAUAUUGUGUUGCAAAACACAUUCAAACGCUUCAUUUGAGCAGGGUGCAUUUUUGUCUGACAUCAUGCCCAACUAACCCUUUUGGCUGUAUUUUUGGCUCAAAAUCCCUUAUUUUAUCUGCGACAUGACUGUGAUGCGCCUCCAUUUUUCACUUUCUUAGUGGUACUGAACAUGUCAGCAUGUCAACGUAUUGCAUUCUCAGUGCAGAGUAUCAUGAGAGAACUGUAGCAAGACAACUGCGUUUAGUGCGUAUCGUCUUCAUGAGUGAUCGUACAUGUAGAUAUUCCUCUGAAUGUUGCAGAAGAAGGGCUCCGACUGGAUGCAAAAAAGCAGGCAUUUUCAGGUCCAAAGCCAAAUAUUAGUUUUUCACAUUCCAGAUUUUCACAUAGGGCUGUACGUUGUUUUUAGCCUAAUGGAAUACAUCAUGAUCACAGAUAGCAAAAUCAACAUAAGAAUUGAGAAUGAAAGGAAAUCCCGUUUUUCAUUCAAUUUUUGAGAUAACAGCUGAAAUGAAUUCAUUUAUAUGAAGUGCCACCCAUUGAUUUUAGAUGAAAAAGUCAUUCUAUUAUCCAGACACUGCUUCAUGAUCCUCCCGCCGCUCGUCUCUGGUCCAUAAACAGGCGUCCGUCAGUUGCUCUUGAGCCUGUAAUGCAAACACCCAGCAACUUUAUACACAAGGCGGACAUAGCAAUUUCAUACUGGCAGCGGAUGGAACAGGCACGUUAAACAAAGCAAACAGCUGCAUUGAAUUUUGAUGGCGGGAAGCUAAGCCUUGGACUGGCGCUGUGGAGAGUUUCGCUUGAAAUAUAUUCAUGCUGGAAAGAGAGAGUAUUGUGUUAUCAAGAGGCUCUGUUUACCUAGAGAAUCUACAUAUGGCUAUCUAAUAUCUUUGUGCCAUUGAGCAGGUUGGAAGCAGGAGUCCCAGGAGUUUCGCUGCGCGGAUUAUGCACGGCGGGGGUUGAACUAUUGCCCCCGUGUGAUUGAAAGACCUCCACCAGCUUAGGCCCUGUUUAUUGUACAUUUGCAUGGCUCAGUUGUGCCACACUGCUGGGAAAGCAUCGCCAGCCAGCCACUUCAUAUCGCCAGCGCUGUAAUUUGGUUGGGUCCGGAUGGCUCCGUGCCUCGGAGGGAGGCUUAUAGGCAAUCAUUUAGUCCCAUUGACCAGGAUAUGCUGUGAUCAAUAUCUCACUCUGGGCCCCGCAUGGAUGGAGAAGACAAAUGUUUGUGUGUUUGUGUCCAGUGUUGACACGGCGAUUCAGAGCGAGGUACCAAAACGUGUCCUUAAUUUCGUGUAAUGAGGGAUAAGCUGCUCUUCCCCCGCCACGGAAGAAACCAAACUCACACGUCACUCACAGUAGUUUCCGACCACUGAAGAUCACAACCAUUAGCAAGGAUAAUUGCAUUUGCAGCCCUGGUGUGGUCAACUGCGCCACUUGGCUAAUUUAUCCUGGUGAGAGCUUGACCUUAAGAAAUGUAAUUACACACACCUGACUUACACUACAGAUCUCUUUACUGGUGUAAUUACCACCAAACAAUUAACUCCCCGGAACUAGCAAUGCGUCCCAAACAUCCCAUUGGUCUGGAAAUGUAGUGCACAAUGAACACUGAAGGCUCAAGUCCCGCAGCACAGCAGCUGACUGGUCCUCAUGAGGAGAGGGUUGCUGGUUUCAUACUAGCUUGAGGCAACCUUUUCUUGGAUGCAUCCUCUCCUCUACCUUGUAACUUUCUUCUCCUGAUACUACACCGACUAGGCGGGCUAACUAGGAAGUGGGCUCUGCCUGUGGCCCUUUGUAGCUGGGAUUGGUCCCAGCAAGUGCACGCAGAAAAUACAUGAGAGAUAAAGUCAUGUUUCGUUUCUCUUGUGCUUUUGUUUUGUUAUUUCCUGUGUCGUUUCCUGUUCCAUCUCUCCCUUCAGCUUCACAGCAGCGCAGCUGGAUCCCAUUCCGCUGAUUAGACUCUGAUUUCUACACCUGGGUUCCAGUCUUCGCUGCCAGACGUUUGUUCCACGUCCUCACAGUAAACUCUGUCUCGACCCUCUGUUCUCUCGUGCUCCUGUUAUAGAUUUCUAAAUGCCGUGCGUGCUUGAGCUUCUUUCUGCUGCCUCCUUAGUUGGUUCUCCUCGCUCCGUUUUCUGUUUCUCGCUUCUCUCUAUUUGAUUGUGUGCGAGUUUAACUCACCUUUUGCUUUCCUCUCGUCAUAGUUAUUUCCUUGUGUGUGUGUGUAGAACCACCACCGAGCGCUUUCUGUUAUUUGGGCCUUGUGAGUUAAUUUCUGAGUACGUUUGCGUUGUCCCUGUUAGUUAGACUUGAAUUUGCCUGUUUUCUGUUUCAGGUUUUUCUCCUUCCCUUGAGUGUAUUUCCCGUUCCGUGUUCUGG